GACGAUUCGAAACUAGAGUAAGCAUCCGUUAGAGGUCGCAGAACGUCGAACAUUUAUCGUCUGACGUUUAUCUUGUUAGUCACGAAAAUUCUUCUAUUUAAUGCGAAUUCGUAAGAAUAAUGGAAUAUUCAAAAGCAAUGAAAGAAGAAUUGAUCAUCAGCCCUGACUGGGAUUAUGAAUGUGACGACGAAUCCACACAAGAAUUUGAGAUUUCCAAUAGAAACUUUAAAGUUGAAAGUGAAAAAUAUAAUGAUGUUACAAUUGAAGAUAAUGUAAAAGUUCAGAAUAUCAAAACUAAACCUCAUGGGCAUGCUGAUUCUGUAGAGAAUACUGAAUUAAAUCAGUUAGAUUUAAAAGAAAAUGGAACUGAAAUUUCUUCAAAACAUGUGGAUUUUGAUAAUUUACAAAGAACCGAUAUUAUCUCUGAAGAUGGUAAUAACAGAUUCAAUAGAAAAACUACACAUUCUGAUGAUUCUUCAGAAAAUCUCUCAGAAUUGAUGAUAACUGAUGAUUCUUCAGAAAAUCUCUCAGAAUUGAAAUGUGAUCAAGUGAAAACUGAACACAGUAAAGUUAUCACGAUCCCUGCCAUGAAGAAGAAUUCUAAGAAGAGCAGAAGAUAUAUAUCCCUUGAAGACAAACUUAAAAUAUUGGAUCGGUUAAAAUCUGGUGAGAAAACAAUAGUCAUUGCUAAAGAUUUAAAGUUACAGGCGGCAACAAUUCGAGCAAUAAGAAGAAAUGAAACCAAAAUAAGGGCUAGAAUUUCCUCUGGAUCAUUAGUAAGUUUGAAUAAAACUGCUCGUAUAAAGGACACUUUAAUUCCUAAAAUGGAAAAGUAUUUGAUGUUAUGGAUAGAAGAUUGCUUUUCAAGGAAUUUUCCUUUGAAUACCAAUGUGAUACAGGAAAAGGCAAUAAAGAUUUACCGGCGUGUAAGAGCGCUUGAAUGCGUUUCUUUUAAUGAAUUACAUCAACACGAAUUUAAAGCCAGUAAAGGGUGGUUUAACAGAUUUAUGAAUCGAUUUUCCUUGCGCAAUGUCAAAAUUGUGGGAGAAAGUGCAUCAGUCGACAUAGAAGCAGCCCAGAGAUUCCAAGAGUAUUUUCCCAAAAUUGUAGAAGAUGGAAAUUACACUGCAGAUCAGGUAUAUAAUGCCACCGAAACCGCAUUAUAUUGGAAGAAAAUGCCCGGACGCACUUACAUCUCGAAAAAUGAAAAGUCUGCUUCAGGAUUUAGGGUUUCCGAGGAUAAUAUCACUUUACUUUUAUGUUCAAAUGCAUCUGGAGAUAACGUUAUAAAGCCCAUGUUAAUUAACCGAUCAUUAAAUCCACAAGCAAUGAAAGGGGUUGACAAAUCAACUCUUCCUGUUUUCUGGCGAGCAAAUAGAAAUGCAUGUGUAACAGGUGUUUUAUUUCGCGAUUGGUUUUACAAUUGCUUUGUGCCGGAAGUGGAAGAUUACUUAAAAAGAAAAAAUAUCAGUUUCAAGGCUUUGUUACUGGUCGAUAAUGCGCCAAGAUACACAGAAGAUUUAAAUCAUCCGGCUGUUAAAUUAAUAUUUUUACCUCCUGAUACGACAUCAAUCCUACGACCAAAAGACCAGGGAAUAAUUAGAUUAUUUAAAUCAUUGUAUGUACGGCACACAUUUGAACACAUUUUAGAAAAUAUUGAUUUUAAUUCAAGCACUACCACAGUAACGGACUUGUGGAAAGAUUUUUCAAUUUUAAAUAGCAUUGAAAUUAUUUUGUUAUCUCUGAAGGAACUAAAAUGUUCUAAUCUGAAUGCCUGUUGGGGAAAAUUAUGGCCUGAAGUUGUUAUUAGAGAAGACUGUUUAACUUCCGUGACAACAGAAGUAAAUCGCAUAAUAGAUAUUUCCCACACUUUAGGUGGAGAGGGAUUCGUCGACAUGAACGAGGAAGAUGUUAUUGAAUUAAUUAAUACUGGUAACCAACGCUUAGAUAAAGAACAACUUAUGCAACUGGCAGAGUCGUCGAAAUCAAGUGGAGAAGAAAACUCUUUACAAAAUUACUGUGAGCCAGAGCAACACUUUAAUUUAGAAAAGUUAAAUGAAGGAUUAGAAUUGGCAAAAAGUCUAGAAGAACAUUUUACGAAUAAUGAUCCAUCAACAAAGCGCUCUGAGAAAUUUAAGAGAAAAUUGAAAGAAUGUUUAGCUCCAUAUCAUGAACUAAAAGAACGUUUAGAAAGUAACAAUAAUAAAUUGUUGAAAACAUAAGAAGAUACCCUUUCAAAUUAUGAAUAUAAUAGAGAAGAAAGAAGUGAAUCUUUAAGCUAUGAAAUAGCACAACCAACAUUUAAAAGAGGAUGUCGUUGGAUCCUAAUUAUGGAUAGUUUCGACAGUGAAUAAAUGUAAAAUAAAAAGUGUAACUACUGCUUUUAUUUAAUGCAAAAUGAAUAAGAAAACAUUUUGAAUUUCAAUAUUUGUUUGUUUUGAAGAGAAAUAAAAUAUAUUUUCACUCUUACAUAUUAAAUAUUUAUUUUGCAUCUUUGUUAUGUAUUUGUAUAAGUGUAUGUUUAUGCCUAAGUGAACUGUAUGUGAGCCGCUCAUUUGUUAAAACGAUAAGUUCAUAAAACGAAAGAUAGAAAAUAUGUAUUGAUAAAUUUUUAUACAUUUCUUGUGAAAAAACAUUUAUUAUUCAACGGCCAUAAAAAUUAUAUUUUUAUUAAUGAUGUCUCCGAAGUUCAGCGAAUUUAUCGCAGAAAAAUAACUGAUCAGAAAACACGCUCCUGCGGUUCAAUGUGUUGUUCUACGAUGAAAACAAGCUUAAGCAAUGGCAUUGUUUGCACACUCAGUAAGUAAUUUUACAAUUUUUGUUAAUAGCAUAGUUUAUAUGGAUUAUUCCCAAAAAAUUAUACAGGUAACCCCCAUAUAACACAGUACUUCUAUAGCAUGGAUUCACUUUAACACGGUUUGAGAAUUGGGACACAUCCUAGUAUAACACGAUGCUUUUAUAGCAAAUGUUCACUCUGACACGGUUCGGGAAUUGGGUAAAACCCUUGUUCAACAUAAAAUGUAAUAAAGUUCUUUUAUAUCUCUGCGAGCAUUCUAAUUUUUUUCGUCACUACUUUGAAUGCUCUUUUAACAAAUAAUCCAUUUAAUGGUUCAAUUUUACAAUUGGGACCCUUUUUUUGCCUCUAAAAGCUUAUAUUUCAAAAUUAUAGAUUCCUCCAUUGCGACACUAUUGAUAGUUUGGGUGCUGCCAUCUUUCUUUCAUCGUUGUUUAUAAAUGCCUAUAAACAGCAGCGCACUCCCAUUGUAGCGGAGAUGCAGAGCGACUGCUAUUAACGAAAGCACCCAAAAACUGUUACCAGUUGAUGAUGCUCAUUUUGAGAUCAUCAUAUAGGAUGAAUAAUCCUCUGGUACGA